AUGUACGGUGAUGGACAUAAUAAUUUGUACUCAUCUCGGUGGUCGGUUACUGAACUUAAAGAUCGCCAAACAAAUAUAUCCGUUUUUGCACGUAUAUAUGAAGAGUAUACUGAUGCUGAACACUUCUUUGAUUUUGCUAAGAAAACAGCGGCGAUACUCUUUCAAACAAAAGCUGCAUCGCUGAUUUUUGCAGCUUCUCUUGUUCUGCCAAUAAUUAUGAUUAGUGUUGGCAUCUCAAAUUUAGAAGAAUGUCCAUUGGAUCGAAAUAUUCCAGUUUUUGUACUUGUUGGCGGUGCCUUAGCUUUAUUGAAAUUACUACAAGUGCUUUGGAAACAAUAUAAUCGUCAUAGUGCUCCAUCCGAGGAAGAAACUACUGAUACGCAAAAUGGAUCGACAUUUAUGGAAGGUCUUACAACAAUAUUUCUAAUUAUUUGGUUUAUCUAUGGUAAUUAUUUAAUAUUGCACUAUCGUUUGCCACGUUUUGAACAAACAACAGAAGAUCCUGAGAAUUGGUGUUCGAAAAAUGUUUAUUUUCUAACAAUAAUCAGUGUCGCUUAUACAUAUGCAUCUGUUACAAUCAUGAUUUUAGUUGUUUUUAUUGUCGUCUUAACUGUACACCUUCAAAAUCGUCGCCGUGCCAUCCAAGAAGCUAAAGAGGCUGGAUGCACAUGA